GACGCGCUACCUGCCUGCCCAGCGACCGGCGGCCUCCUCGGCUGCAGCCACAUCACCGACGCAACCGGCCGCCCACGCCGACGCCGCUCGUCGACACACUGCCAGAGACGCCCGUCAUCCCCUAUCAGCUGCACGCAAACGUGAGAACGAUACUCAAGACCGAGGCGGACGAAGACGAGGACGGGAAGAGAAGAGGAACUACAAGGAAGGCGUGGACAGGCCCUGCUGCUUCGCUUUUAGUUGCUUGACUGUAUUACCUGAAACCAAAUAUGCCGCCGAUCUACAUCGCGCCGAUGCCCAUCCUGCACCAGCCGCCGCAGCAGCGGCAGGGAGUCGGCAGCGGGGGCGGCGACGGCGGCGCCCCGCCACCGGCCGGCCAGCAGCCGCAGACGCCGGGCGCCAGGGCGUCGUUCCGGCCGCCGUGGGUGAAGGAGGCGGCGGCCAGCAACUCCGUGCAGGCCGCGCCCUGGACGCUGGCCGCGCGCAGAGACAGCCUCACCAGGCCCAAGCCGCCCGUCGCAGACGGUCCGCAGCCGCCGCCCGUCACCCACAACACCGCCAACGCCGCCGCCCCUGCCACUGCCAAGCAGCCGCCACCGCAGCAGCAGCCGCCCAAGGAGAGGACGGUGCCCAUCGUGAGGGAGGAGCCCAGGCCCAAGGAGAAAGUCGUCCCUAUAACGAGGGAGGAGCCCCGACCCAGGGACAGGACUUCACUUCCGGCGCCCAACAGGGAGGAACCGAGGCCGGCGCCACAGCCGCAACUCAACUCGCCGCGGCAGCCUCAACCGCAGCCGCCAGUACUGCAAGCCCAGAACAGAACUACCCAGCCGCCGCAGCAGCAGCAACAGCAGCAGCAGCAGCAACCAGUCCAGAAUAAGAUACAGCAGCAACAACCACCCCAGAACAAGGCCCAGCAGCAUCAGCCGGCACAACCAGUCCAGAACAAGGCACAACAGCAGCAUCAACCAUCCCACCCAGUUCAGAACAAGGCACAACAGCUUCAACCACCACAACCUGCCCAGAACAAGGCUCAACAACAUCAACCACCACAACCUGCCCAGAACAAGGCUCAACAACAUCAACCACCGCAGCCAGCCCAGAACAGGGCGCAACAACAUCAACCACCACAGCCAGUCCAGAACAAGGCCCAGCAGAAUCAACCGCCACAGCCAGCCCAGAACAAGGUGCAGCAACAGCAACCACAAUCGCAACCGCAACCAGUUGCGAACAAGGUGCAGCAGCAGCAGCCGCUGCAGAACAAGACGCAGCAACAGACUCCACCGACUGGACAGCCGCAGCAGCAACAGCAGCCACAGCAAAGCCCUGUGCGCAAGCAGAGCAAGAUAACAAUCAUUCCAUCGCAGCCGCGAGAGAACGGUCUGUCGCCUACCCGGCCGGCUAGCACCGUGGCGACGACAACGACGACGGCGACGCCCCAACCACCGGGCCCGCCCAGAAAGACGUCGACGCCCGAGCAGGCCUCCGCUCCGCCGGGGCCUCCCACCAGGAAGGUCUCGACGCCGGAGCAGAGGCUGCGGCAGGACGUGAUCAACGCGGCUGCGUCCACCAAGGAGCAGCUGCGCCUCGCCAAGGAGCAGCUGGAGCACGUGCCGCGCCUCAGCAGGCUCCAGCGGCAGGACUCCAUUGGCCAGGAGCCACGGGUGCGCCCCAUACAGCUCGAAUCGCGACAGCGCUCUGCCCCUCCGAGGGAGGAGAACGGGCCUUCUAGCAUCGCCACGGCGCGAGACGACCUCAGGCCGGUAGCGAAGGAGGAGCCCAAGCCGAGAGAACGGACUUCACUUCCCAAUAACAACAGAGAGGAGCCCAAACCCAGGGAGAGGACGGUACAGGUGCAAAAGGAAGAGCCUCCGGCGCCCAAGCCGCGCGAGAAGCUUACCCUCGAAAUAAAUAGAGAACCCCCGCCGAAACCCAAAGUACCGUGGGAACAGCCCAAUCUCAGGAAAGUGGAGACGAAGAUGGACUCACCGACAAAGAAGGCUCCACCGACGCCUCCAAUUAUGGUGCAGCUGAAACCGCCGGCACCACCACCGCCCAUGCCACCACCGCCCAUGCCAAAGCCGCCGACCCAGCCACUGCCCCCAGAGAAAGCCGCCAAGCUGGAAGCCCUCCGCAGCCGGCCCCGGAAGCGGCCCGACUGGGGCGCCAUGAUGAAGGACAUCGAGCACGGCAGGCGCCUGCGGCACGUCCAAUGCAACGACCGGAGCAGCCCGCUCAUCCCCAAGAUCAAGGUCAAGGACAAGUUCAUGUACGAGUCAGAGAAGGACACAGUGCACAACCAACUGCUGAAGGAGAUCCAGAGCGGAAUCAAGCUCAAGAGGGUGGUCACCAACGACCGCAGUAAACCGCAACUCGAUGGACUGCGCAAGUUCCGGCGGCAGAUGACCAUCGAGGAGCAGAUCCAGAAGGCCGAGGUAGAGCCCGACGCCGCGGAGCCCGACGAGCUCGACGACAUCGAUAAGGUGCGCGACGACCUGCAGUCGACCAAGCAGAUGCUCGCGCUCGAACUCCGCAACAAGGAGGCAGUCGAGCGCGAGAACAAGCGCCUCCAGGCACGCGUGCUGGAUUUGGAGGCGGAAGUGGAGAAGCUGCGGGCGCAGACGCAGGCGGGCGGGCAGACUCCGGCGGCCAAGCGCUCGGAGGAGCAACAGGAGAUCAAGAAACUGCGGGAGCAGAUGUGCGAGGCGCAGAAGGCGACGGAGGAGCUGGAGAAGAAGUACCACGACACGGCGGGCCAACUGGACAUGACGCGGGCAGAGGUGGACGACCUGCAGCGCAAGAACCAGGCGCUCGAGAAGAAGCUGGCCGCGCUGAAGGAUAACCCGGGACUCGUGUUGUCCAAGCAGCCGUCCGCCAAGAAGGUGGGAGCCGCUGUGACCAACAACCAGAGGCCCGGCGAAGAAGACGAGGAGUCGGAGUACACGGAGGAGACUGAGACGGAGACGGAGUCCUCAGAGGAGGAGGAGAACGCGGAGAACGCGGCGGCGCUAAAGGAGAAGCGGCAGGCGCGCGAGCUGAGGCUGCUGGCGACGAAGCUGAAGAGCUACAAGGACAAGGAGGCGGCCUCCAGGAACGAGCGCAAGGCGCUGCGCGAACAGCUGCGGCGCGAGCAGAAGGCGCUGCGCCAGGAGCGCCACAAGUACCGCCUGCUGCAGAAGGAGGUUGACAAGAUGGCCAAGCUCAUGAAGGAGGAAGAAGACGACGAGGAAGAAGAAGAUGAGGAGGAGGAAGAGGAGAGCGAAACGGAAAGCGAAUCCGAGUCUGAGAGCGAGCAGUCCGAGGAGGAGCAGAGCGACGGAGACCUGGCGCCCGACGCGCCGCCGGAGAAGCGGAAGCAGAACCUCACGGAGAGGGCCAAGAGGCACGAGAACGCGCUGGCCGCCCUCAAGAAGGGCAACUUCCUGCUCAAGGCCAACAUCGACCGCCUCAAGGACGAGCUGUUCAAGCAGAAGGAGAUGUCGCUGACGCUGCAGGAGGACCUCAACUCCGUGCUGGCCGAGCUGGGCUGAGCUGAGUCCGGUCGGCCCGAGGAGGCGGGCAGCUCCGAGUGGGGGCGCUGCGACACGAACGAAGACUGCUGUCUCUCCCUGGACACGCCGAGACUUUGCGGGUUGGACGCUCCAGUGCACCACCUGCCCAUUCCGAGGAUGCAGCAAAUACAUGACCUGCUCCAACAUUCAGAGUUAGCUUUAUUUCCAAAUACGACCAGAGCAAGUUUAAAAAUGCUCAUUUCUGAUCAGUCGACACUAACGACAUGCAGUCAGUGUCGUGGCAGUUGAUCGUAGUCAUCUGGUCCCUGUCUUUACUGACACUAGUUCCUACUUCGAGGCUAACACAAGGCAGGCACUCAACCGUCACACGUUUCUCAUUACUAUUACGUUUCCGCAGCUGGAUGCCGUCCUCUCACCACGUCAUUCUGAAGUAAGUUGAGAGUGUCAUCUAGGACACCUGUCUGCAGAUUUUCUUCUGUUUGGUUUAAUAACCUGUGUAGUUUUUUUAAACCAGAGAUCGGAAACUGGCAAUCGAGCAUCUGCUUCUUAAGAUUUCUGACAACCACAGCCAGGAUAGUCAAUGUAUUAGUUUCAACAGCCACAAGGACAGCUCACCUCCAAGUCAUGGAAGCCAUUGCUCUAUGAUAUAAUCUACACAAGCAGGUUGUUCCAAUAUUACUUACUUAAUCAAUAUCCACGUUAACCGUCAUUAUGCUUCAGUACAAUUUACAAGUAAACAGAACUAUUCCUGGCAGAAAACAACAUAUGAUUUUAAGGAGAAAGCAUAUAUGAAUAUGUUUGACUCUCACUACAAAAAUUUUUGAUCGAUUCCUCACAGAGCACAACAUGUCAAGUGGCAUACAGCCUUACUUAGUGCAUACUAUAAAGAUGACUAUUAAUUAUUUUUUCUUUUCGACCCCAAAGCCUGGCUAUAGUCUCACUGCAACCUUAUUUCUUGCAGUGGUGCCAGUUCUUCAGGGAUCAUGUGAACACCCUAGACCUGAAUGGAGGUGGCACUGUCUUUCAAAGUGUAUAUAUUUGACGAUCUCACUCGUAAUCUCAGUCUUCAAAGUAUAUAUCCAGUUUUUGGUCUGUUACAGAGAGGGAAUUUGAUUCUCCAAAUAUGGGUUGAUACCCAAUAGUAUCUAAGAAACAAUUCAGACAAUCCAAUCCAUUACACUGGAGCAUAGUGUGUAAGCAAAGGCAAGCAGAAAAACAGAACUGUAGACAGCACAGUCUUCUCACUUCACUACCAUUCAUGAUUCAUUCUGAUGAAACUGCAUUUAUCCACCUUCUUCUUCUUCUUCUUCUAGUUUCUGAGUCAAUGCCUCCUUCCCACUCUCAAACAGAAAUUUCACAAAUAUCCCCCGAUCUCCACAGAGGUUCUUCGUCUUACAUCUUACCACGCUAACAAUCACAGAAAAUGAUAUGUAGGACAGUUUUCAUUAUAGUAUACUGCAUAGGAGCCACACCACUGAUAUGCUGUACUCAUGGAAACAGCAGCAGAGUCACAAAGCACAAAAAGUAAGAAUAACAGGAGUGCAGUGUAUUUGCAACAUUCUCCAAAAGCAGCUCAUUUCAUUGGCAGAGGAAAGAUGAACACAAACAUUCCUUAGACACAUAACUCAAACAAACGUAUUUUCAAACUAACAAGCUUAUGUCUUUUUGAAGUUUUCAAACUACAAUAUGUUUAUAGUUUACGGUGAACAUAAAAAAUAACAAAGCUCAGUUUACUAUGUAUAUCCAAGAAAUCUAUUACAGCUCUUCACUGACACCACAUCAUAAACAUGUUCUGUAUUGGACAUGGUAAGUGACAAAAUAUGUGGUCCUGGCUGUGUUCAAGCUGCAAAGUCUACAUUGAACUCUCGACCGACAUGUUCUAACGUCUCUGAUCGAUGAGAUAUAAGGACCUAUUCUUUUUUUAAAAAAAUGUUUGUGCAAUGUGCUGUACUAUAGAAGACUUUCAUUGUAUGUGAAUGAUGUAAGGAAUAUAUGCAGAGAAUGUAUCCCACAACCAAGAAUACAGAAUGUAAAAUAUUACAUAUGGCAAUAUCGUCCUCUAGUCACCAUUGCUUUAAAAGUACCAAAAUGAAAACGAUGCACUAAUAAUUUGAAAUAAUCGCUCAAAUGAUAAAGCACUUCAAGAAUAACUGAAUAUUUAAAUUUUUUACACUGAUAUGCUCCUUAGAAGUAACUGUAGAGAAAAUUAAUUACUGAUGCUUCUACUGAAGAUACUUUUUCUGAAACAAGGCCUAGAACUCCUGACAUAAGCUUCAUUUAGUAGCAACCUCUUAAUUAUACACUGGUAAUGCAGUGGGUACUUGGUAUUUUGUGCAAAUACUAAUGGGCCAUUUCUUUUCUUACCAAUUACAGUUAACUGCAAAAGCUGAUAUUUUUCUGUAAUAAUUAAUAGAUUGUAAGAUCUAAUGAAAAUGAUUAUAGUGUUAAUUAAGCAUCCCUAAAAUAAUGGGACACAUUCUUGGCAUUUUUAUACAUGUGAAUGGUCUCAAAACAGAAUGUAUUUAAUUCCUACUGAAAGAAAAAUUUAAAAGUUUGUAUUUUUGAUGUUUUUAUAUGUUGAAAUUCAGCUUUAAGUGAUAUUAGUAAUAAAAAAUGCUAUUAGCUGUUUAACAAGAAUUAUGUAACUGACAGUUUUCCAUAACCCAUUUAAUAUCAAAAUGUUAGAUAC